GUCCUAUCAGUUAAGGUAAUAGUAGCUCGGGACCUCUGGCCCCCCUCCUACAAUAUUUCUUCAUUUGUGUCUCAUACAAUACAAAACCUAGGAAGUGAGAGGAAAAGAGAAGCCACUGUACUAACUUUCCUUAAUACUGACUCUGAAACUACUUCCACUGGUCCUGAAACUGUGUUCGUUUGCAGCUGUGAAACGGCUAAGAGCAGUUAACACACUCUUCAGCUUCCUUAGGCCCGCAUUACCUUUUGAACAAGCUACCCUCCCUCACCUUCUUUGGGAGGAAUUCUGAGCACUUGGACGGUUUUAGAUUGACAAAUGCAUCUAAAGAUACCAGCCGAUUAAAAGGCAAGAGUCUCCACUGGCAUAAAGGUUCUUGCCCCUGGAAUGUAGGUGGCAUGCAUACAACAGCAGCAAGGCACUUGUAACUGAGUGACCAGAGGACCAUAAAGCAUCAGGGAGUGGGCCUGUUCUCUUGACGACUAGCUCGCCAAGGCAGUCUUACCAUGGUAAAAGAACAGUGGAAAUGAUGAGGAGAACAACUCAGGUGGUGAAACGACAGAAGCAACACAGCACAUGGAGGGACGAAGACAUUAUUACUGUUUCAUACCAGAGAAAGAGAGGAAGGAGACUGAACGGCAAGUCUUCUUGCCACUGAACACAGGCCAGGCCAGAGAGUGUAAGAACAAAAUGUGCAGACUCUUCCCUAGUGAAGGGCUGCCGAGAAUUGUGCACAAUGUCCCCAUAGCACAGAGAAGACAGCAGGUAAAAAAGAGGGAACAGGUGCAAAUCAAAGACCACCAGGAACGCAUGCUCCGAGGGAGGGAACUGAUAGAGCAAAGACUCAAGCAACAGCUCAUGAGGAAAGGCGAGAGCCAGCUCCCUUCCCUGGAGAAGUUUGACCGAGUGAAACGGGAGAUGCAGGACUUUGAAAAGGCUAAUGCACACCCGCUUCUGCAGCUACGCACUAAAAGUCUGCUAAAGUUGGAGAGUCUUUUGGAGAUGUCUCAGGCAGAAGAUGAAGGGAAAACAGCUAUAAAGCCUCAUCAAAAGCAAGGCCUGGCCCUGCCACCGUUUCUGAGAAGUCAUGUACGAAAAAUCAAUGAUCAGUAAACUUUCAGUGCCUUUUGUGGAAAAAAAACAAUACCAGGAAUUAAAUAAAACCUUUUU